GUGAGCUCAGCAGAGGGCACCAAGCAGAAAGGAGCUCUGAACCCUGAGACCUUCAUGAAUGUUAGCCAAAUAAUCCAGCACCAAGGGUACCCCAGCGAGGAACACGAAGUCCUGACCCUCGAUGGCUACUACCUCACUCUGAACAGAAUUCCUCAUGGCAGAGAGGAUGCCAGGAGCCAAGGGGGCAAGCCUGUGGUGUUCCUCCAGCAUGGCAUCCUGGGGGAUGGCAGCCACUGGGUGGAAAACCUGCCCAACAACAGCCUUGGCUUCAUCCUGGCAGACUCUGGCUACGAUGUGUGGCUGGGAAACAGCCGGGGGACGAGCUGGUCCCGCCGGCACCAGCGCCUCUCCGCCGACCAGCCGGACUUCUGGGACUUCAGCUUCCAUGAGAUGGCAAUGUUCGACCUGCCAGCCAUGAUCAGCUUUGUGCUGCAGAAGACAGGGCAGAAGCAGAUGUAUUACAUUGGCUACUCCCAGGGCUGCACCAUCGGGUUCAUUGCCUUCUCAUCCCUGCCAGAGCUGGCUCAGAACAUCAAAAUGUUUUUUGCCCUGGCUCCAGUAGCAACAGUCAGCCACACCAAAGGGCCCAUCAUGAGGAUGUCCUCCCUUCUGGACAAGCAAUUCAAGAUGUUGCAGCUCCUGCUUGGCAGAACAGAUGCCUCCCUGAGGGUGAGGAAGCUGUGGCAGUUUCUGCCCAGGCUGUGUGGGCACCCCCUGCUGCAGAAGCCCUGUGCCAACCUCUUCUUCCUGCUGGGUGGCUACAACGAGAAGAACUUCAACAUGACACGGCUGGAUGUGUACACCUCCCACUUCCCAGACAGGACAUCAGUCAAGAACAUCAUCCACUGGGCCCAGGUGAAGAAAUCAGGAGAGUUCAAGGCCUUCAACUACGGCAGUGCCAACCCAGCCAGGUACCACCAGGACACACCUCCCUCCUACCGGGUGGAGGAGAUGCCUGUGCCCACAGCGGUGUGGUCGGGGGGCCGGGACUGGGUGGCUGACCCGGAGGACAUGGAGCGGCUGCUGCCCCGCAUCGCCCAGCUGGUCACCCACCGGCACAUCCCCGACUGGAACCACUGGGACUUCAUCUGGGGGCUGGAUGCCCCCAGGCGCCUCUACAGCAGCAUCCUGGAGCUGAUGGAGGCCUCUGGGUAG